AUGUACCAUCUUCUGGGAUGCACCCUCGAAGAUGACGACGGUGAUGAUGAAGAGCAGAGUGAAGACGAUAACAGACGAGUAACUGUGGCUGUCCAGAUCAUCAAGGAUUGUGGAGUAAAGCGGGAAUGGAAAGAAGACGAGGAGUGGGUGGGUGAUGCCAUGGCGAGCAUCGUUUUAGGAGACGGAUCCUGUGUAACUCGCGACGUUGUUUGCUUGGGCCCUUGA